AUGAUUUUGCAUUUCCAGGGGGGGGGGGAACUGUUUGUAAACAAAACAGAUCUCUCCCCUGUCAGCUCCUGCACACUGCUUUGCAUGGCUGUGUGUAGCAGAACCAUGCAAAGCAGUGUGCUUAUAGUGAAGCACAAACACAGCACACAGUUAUAAACGGCACACAGUUAACCCUUUGAUCACCCCACAUAUUAACCCCUUUCUGCCCAGUGCCAUUAGUACAGUCUCAGUGCUUUUUAUUAGCACUGAUCACUGUAUUGGUGUUACUGGGGAUGUCAGUGACACCAAGUCACUUCCCCCCCAGCGUCAGAAUGUCCGCCACAGUCCUGC